AUGACUGGGUAUGUAACCCCAUGAUCUGAAGAUCUCUAAUACUUACUCACAAUCGACAGAUGGGGAACCGGAACUGAGUGCAACAAUGGCUGCACUGGUACUGUUGCUGAGCAAGUUUACACGAAUACUAAGAUUACCCUCGCAUCUGCCGAUACCACGUUCAUCGAGACUGUUGGUGUUUCUCAAGGAGCAAAAUACACCAAUAUGAAGAUGUCGUCGGACAACAAGGUUUACUAUCGACAGGAUCAACGUUCCAAAAAUGGGUUAGGAUUAUUUUAGUGUUUAAGACAUAAGCUCUACAUCCAUUUGGCUUAGAAAACUUGCACAUGGUUGGCAUUCUGGAAUCUCUCGAUUAUUUCGAAUUCACUUGUAUAUAUUUAUCGGAUUUCUUGUACAUACCUCUUUACAUACAUGGAAAUGCACAACAUAUUGAGCAUUGAA